AACUGUUAAUUUAUUUGUGGGGUGGGGUGGGGCUAGUGGAGAGAAUCUUGCGGUUUACAAUAAGUGUGAAAUCCAAACUCACGACGCGACCAGCGCUUCGAAGCUCCACCCAGGUGCACUUUGCCCACAACCCAAAAGCCAACACAAGCCGCAAUAUGCCAUUGACGGGGGACGGCGACGGCGACCCCAACCCACACACCGGCGCAGGCAGCGCGGCGAACAUUGUUAGUUUUUGGCAGCAGCGUUUUCCACUGAACAAACAAAAACAAAUCAUUUUCUGUCGCUGUCGUGAGCGGACGAUCUCGGUCUACACAAAGUGCAAUAACUAAACAUUAGUUCCAGGGAAUCUAUUCGAAUAGGUGGUAUUUGUAGUUGAUUUAAAAUGAUGAAGUUGCUAAAAUCGAUAUUUGCAUAUGUGAGCCUGCAGCUGGACAUUCUCAGGUUCAGGAUCCUGGGGUACAUCAUGCGCCGGUUCCUCCGCUCGGCCAUGAUUGUCUUCAGUUGGUUCGUGGUGCCCUACAGCCGGUACACCAACAUCAAGGUGAUACGGCGCAAGCUGCCACCGAUACGCAGCCACCUGCUGGAGAUACCUGCCGUCGAUCUGGCCAAGCUGAUUCGCACCCGAAAGAUUAAAAGCGAAGAAGUCGUAGAGGCCUACAUCGAACGCUGUCGGCAGGUGAACCCACUGAUCAAUGCCAUUGUCCAGGAUCGAUUCGAGGAGGCGCUGGAAGAGGCCCGCGAGAUAGACAAUGUCAUCGCCAUGGGCAUCAACAGCGUGGAGUCGAUGGAGGAGCAUACGCCCCUGCUGGGCAUUCCGGUGACCGUCAAGGAGAGCAUCGCCGUCAAGGGCAUGACCAAUCAGGCGGGUCGGGUGUUCAAGACCCCGCAGAUCGCCAAAUCAGAUGCCCCCGUGGUGGAGCAGAUCAAGCGCUGUGGCGGCAUCAUAAUGCUCGUGUCCAACACUCCCGAACUGUGUCUGCUCUGGGAGACGUACAACAAUGUGACGGGGCAGACCAAGAAUCCGUACGAUCUGAAGCGCACGCCGGGUGGCUCCUCGGGCGGGGAGGCGGCCCUGCUGGCGAGCGGAGCCUCGCUGCUGGGCCUCACGUCGGACAUUGGCGGCUCCUCGCGACUGCCGGCCAUGUUCAGUGGCAUCUGGGGCCACAAGCCCACGCCGUAUGCCGUCUCGUUCCGGGGCCAUCAUCCGACGAGCGAUUUUCCCAAAUGGGGAGACUUUUUCACCAUCGCUCCGAUGACGCGGUAUGCCAAGGAUCUGCCGCUCCUGCUCAAGUGCAUGAGCGAUCCCACGGGACCGAAGCUGACUCUGGACAAGGAGAUCAGUGCCCACGGCAUCCGGUUCUUCUUCAUGGACAACGACGGGCCCUCAGGCAUGAUGCGGCCGCUCAGCCGGGACCUGCAUGCGGCCAUCAAUCGGGUGGCCAGCGACUUCAAUGCCGAGCGGGUGAACAUACGGAAGAUGAAGUGGUCCCUGGACAUCUCCCUGUCGGCGAUGCUGACCAUGAAGAACAUCGAGACGAUUUACCACAAGACCGAGGAGGGGGAGCAGCCCAAGACCGUGUGCAAGGAGACGGUCAAGUACUUUUUCGGCUGCUCGGACAGCAUUCUGCCGUCGGUGAUAUUCGGCCACCUGCAGAACUUCAUGAAGAUCAUUCCCAAUUCGCGGCACAAGCAUCUGGCCAGCAUCAUUGAGGCGCUCAAGACUGAAUUCAAGGAGAUGCUCGGCAACGACGGCGUCUUCCUCUACCCGACCUUCCCAAACACGGCGCACCAGCACUACCAGAUCUACCACAAGCUGCUGGAGCCCAUGUACAUGGCCAUCUUCAAUACGCUGGGCCUGCCGGUGACCAACUGCAUGAUCGGCCUGGAUCACCGCAAUCUGCCCAUGGGCAUUCAGGUGGUGGCCAAUCCCGGCCAGGAUCAUCUCUGUCUGGCCGUGGCCCGUGAGAUGGAGCGCCGCUACGGCGGCUGGGUGCGUCCUCCCUCCGAGGAUAGCCACAGUAGCAGCAGCAACAGCAACGGAGGGGGCAACGGAGGGGGCAACGGAGGGGGAAACGGAGGGGGCAACGGGGCAAGCAGCAGCAGCAAGCGUGGCUAGCCAUCCUGCGGGAGCAAAGGCUUUGUCCCUACGUGAUUCUUUUGUACUUCGUUUUGUUUGUAGCUAAUUGUAUGUAAAAUGGUCCAUCAUUUAGGAAACCUUUAGAAAGAGACUUUGAGCGGACUUAGACAAAGCACAGUUAUCAGCUGAAGCAGUUGAAUGGAAUCCCCAAUCGCCACCUCUACCGCACACAUCAUCUUUAGAGCCUCUUCGAAAUUCCACGUCUCGAACUUCAUUCUCCAUUGUACUAUUGUAUUAAAUUAUUAAAUGUCAACCAAUCUCCAAUCUUUUACAUCGUAUUAUCUAACUCUAUAUACUAUAUAUGUAAAUAUUCCGUCUAGCUUCUAAGUCUUAGGUUUAUGCCCCACUCAUGGCAAAGAUCGAUAAAAAAAAAACCAUUCUGUAUGUAUUGUAUGUGAAUAUUUUUGUAGCAGUCACUGUCGAAUCAACGAAAAACCGACAACUAUUUUGGCCCAAGAACAAAAUGUGUUGAAUAAACAUAAACAGAAAACUAACCGAAAA